UUUACUUUUAACUGGUCUAAGCUUUUCUCCCUCCUAUUUUUUUUUGUGGCGUCCUCCCUUCGUAUUUUUUUGUGUGUGUGGAGUUUUAAGUCCUGCAUAGUACAGUAUAGGAAGAGGGGUGGUGGUGAGGGGGAGUGACUGCUGCCCGGUGUGUGAUUGCUGCAGGGGAAGCCAGAUUGAGCAGCAGUGACGUGAUCAUUGCCUUGGAAAGAGGAGCCUGCCUGGGGGACUCCAUUAGUGCUGGGCUCAGGCUGCAAAGGGAAUAAAAGGGAGGGUAUCUUGAUUUUAAUCCUUAUUUUGCCCCCUGGCAACCUCAUUGCAAGAAGAGGGGAGGGAGAAGGAAAGGGACGAUGGCUCUGGAUGGUAUAAGGAUGCCAGAUGGCUGCUAUGCGGAUGGAACUUGGGAGUUAAAUGUCCAUGUGACUGACAUGAACCGGGAUGUCACCCUAAGAGUUACAGGGGAGGUGCACAUUGGAGGGGUGAUGUUGAAACUGGUGGAAAAACUGGAUGUGAAGAAAGAUUGGUCAGACCAUGCGCUAUGGUGGGAAAAGAAAAGAACCUGGCUUCUGAAAACACAUUGGACCCUGGACAAAUAUGGCAUACAGGCAGAUGCCAGGUUACAGUUUACCCCUCAACACAAACUGCUCCGGUUGCAGCUUCCAAAUAUGAAAUAUGUGAAGGUGAAAGUAAACUUCUCAGACAAGGUCUUCAAAGCGGUCUCUGAUAUCUGCAAGACAUUCAAUAUCAGACACCCAGAAGAGCUUUCACUGAUCCGAAAACCAAGAGAUCCUACCAAGAAAAAAAAGAAAAAAAUUGAAGAUCAAUGUGAAGAUAACAUUCUGGAACUUGAUGGUCCCUUGCUGACACCAGGAUCCGGCACUGAUGUUCUUUACAUCGGCCCAGUAAAAGGAAGUAUUUAUUCGAGUCCUGGUCUGUAUAGUAAAACCAUGACACCUACAUAUGACUCUCGAGAUGGAAGCCCCCUGUCGCCCACAUCAGCUUGGUUUGGAGACAGUGCUUUAUCAGAAGGAAACCCUGGAAUACUUGCUGUCAGCCAGCCAAUAACCUCGCCAGAUGUUUUAGCCAAAAUGUACAAGCCACAGUCUCUUCUUGACAAAGCCAAAAUAAAUCAAGGAUGGUUGGAUUCCUCAAGAUCUCUUAUGGAACAAGAUGUAAAAGAUAAUGAGGCCUUACUACUUAGAUUUAAGUACUACAGCUUUUUUGAUUUGAAUCCAAAGUACGAUGCCAUCAGAAUCAACCAACUGUAUGAACAAGCUAAAUGGGCGAUUCUCCUAGAGGAAAUUGAGUGCACGGAAGAAGAAAUGAUGAUGUUUGCUGCUUUGCAGUACCAUAUAAACAAGUUAUCCCUCAUGUCAUCCGAAAUUCACUUUAAUAACAGUGACAAAGAGGUUGACGAGGUUGAUGCUGCAUUAUCAGACUUGGAGAUCACUCUCGAAGGUGGAAAAACCUCAACCAUACUGGGUGACAUCACCUCCAUUCCUGAACUUACAGACUAUCUGAAAGUUUUUAAACCAAAGAAACUGACUCUUAAAGGCUACAAACAAUUUUGGUGUACUUUCAAAGAUACAUCGAUAUCCUGCUAUAAAAGUAAGGAAGAAUCUAACGGGACACCUGCACAACAAAUGAAUUUGCGGGGCUGUGAAGUUACCCCAGAUGUUAACAUAUCUGGUCAGAAGUUUAACAUUAAGCUCCUCAUACCAGUUGCAGAGGGAAUGAAUGAGAUCUGGCUCCGCUGUGACAAUGAGAAGCAGUACGCACAUUGGAUGGCCGCAUGUAGACUAGCAUCAAAAGGCAAGACCAUGGCAGACAGCUCAUACAACUUGGAGGUUCAGAACAUUUUGUCAUUCCUAAAAAUGCAGCAUUUAAACCCGGAUCCGCAAUUAAUUCCUGACCAAAUCAACUCUGACAUUAAUCCCGAAUGUGUUGUCUCUCCUCGCUAUCUAAAGAAAUAUAAAAACAAGCAGCCAGGCUUUGUAAGAGACUUGAUCACAGCUAGGAUUUUGGAAGCUCACCAGAAUGUGGCACAGAUGAGUCUUAUUGAAGCAAAAAUGAGAUUUAUUCAGGCCUGGCAAUCUCUGCCUGAAUUCGGUAUAACUCAUUUUAUUGCUAGAUUUCAAGGAGGCAAAAAAGAAGAACUCAUUGGAAUUGCUUAUAACAGACUAAUCAGAAUGGAUGCAAGCACUGGAGAUGCAAUCAAGACAUGGCGGUUCAGCAACAUGAAGCAGUGGAAUGUCAACUGGGAAAUAAAAAUGGUGACUGUAGAGUUUGCAGAUGAGAUGAGGUUGUCCUUCAUCUGUACAGAAGUUGACUGCAAAGUAGUUCAUGAAUUUAUUGGAGGCUACAUCUUCCUAUCUACACGUGCAAAGGACCAGAACGAGAGUCUUGAUGAAGAAAUGUUCUUCAAACUCACUAGUGGCUGGGUCUGAAUCUUUCUGGCUCGUCACCAAUGUGAUAUCAAUUUUCAAGAGCUAUUUUUUUAAAGUAUGCUGCUUUAAAUGGAGAAGUAAAGUAAGCUUGAAAUGUAUCCACUCUACAAAAAAAUGCAUUUAAAACGAUGUGUGCACUAAGGAGCACUUCCAUUAUUACAUUAUAUGUAGCAAGUUCUGCUGAUUAUCAAACUGAAAUGGCUGCAAUUUAAGGACUAUUCAGCUAUUUGCUGCCAAUAAUCUGCAGUGUCUUGGAUACCCUUUAGUAGUGGAAGGGUUAACCUUAAGCUAAGGACAGUGCAGAACGUAAGCCAUUACUACAAUUACCCAGGGCUUAAUGAAAUCUAUUUAUCAGGUGUAAUGCAUGAAUUUUUAUAUUUUAAUUUCUAAUAUUGACCUGGGUUUUUUUAACUCUCUCAUGCCUUUUUGAAGGGUUUUAAUCUGUACAACACAUCAGGUUGACCUGUAAUCUUCUACUUUGUUAAAACUCUAGUGGCCUUCAAUGAAAUCUGUUGUACUUAUUGCAUAAUAAUCCCUUUUAGCUUAUGUUCUGUGUACAUUGCACCGUAUAGUAUUAAAAUAUAGUAUUCACCAGCAUACUCACUUCAGAUAUGCAGCAUUUCGUUAAAAUAUGAAGUAAAGGUCUAUAUGAAGUAUACAGUUUUGUGUAACUUAUGUACAAAACACAAAUUUUAUAAGAUUGUACAGUUUUGUUUUUUUUGUUUAAUUCUACUCACAUUUGCUUUAUAUCUAGUAUAUUGCCAUUUAAGUACUAUGCUUUUGAUGAAUGUUUGUUUUUAAUGUUAUAGGGAAUUUCACUACAAUAUUUCUUAUGAUAAUACCCUUAUGUUAGUUGUUACAUUCAGGGUACCUGAGUGAGAACAGCCCAGGCUGUUAUCCCAGGACUGAAAAAUUGUCAGCAGUACCAUCCUUUAGUAUAACAAGUGCCCUUAUGAAAUGAGGGGGACAGACCUUGCCAAUAAAUAUUCCUUUUUUUUUUUUCUCUAAGCUUUUUAAUGUAUAUUCUUCUUAGAUGAUGGUGCAACUCAAACACUAUGGGACUGAUUGCAAAUCUUUAUUAUAAUAUAUAUAUAUAUAUAUAUAUAUAUAUAUAUAUAUAUAUAUAUAUAUAUAUAUAUAUAUAUAUAUAUAUAUAUAUAUAUAUAUAUAUAUAUAUACACAUGCAUACAUACAUACAUACAUACAUACAUGUAUGUAUUUUACAGUGCACUACAAACUUUUCAAAAGGUCAAAGUAGUGGAUAAGGCCAAAUUCCACAGUCAAAAUUAGUUAUUCAAUAAUUUAUCUUGUGUUUAAUCAGCACUGUAAAAUAGCCUACAAAACCAGAGUGCUUAACAGAAGUACUUUGCUUAGAAGGGCCUUUGCUGACUUAGGCUAUAUUUUUUGUUUGUGUUGGUUAGUUAAUUGGUUUUAAGUUAACAAAGUUUAAUGUUUUUUCUUCUCCAGUGACAAUCUUUUCCAGUUGCAAAGUUAUAAAAAAAAUUAUUUAAAUAGUUGAAUUUGGGACAUUUUUUCUCACUGGGAAUAAAACAAGUCUAUCACCUUAAUUAAAUAUUGGUUGGAAACAUUUUUUUUUUUUUUUAUGGGAAAAUGUAAAUGUGUGCAUAUUAGAGUAUUUUGUCACCUCCAGUUUUCAACUAACCUAAAAGGAUUAGAAUAUUACUAUUAUUGAGGUAAUAAAUGGUUUGAUUGUGACUGAAACAGGAAAUUCUUUAGUAUUCAGAAUGUGUUGGGUACUUGAGGUAUGGAGUUGAUGAACACUUCAGCUGACCAAAAUUGCACAACUUUAACCAUUUUGAUACACCCUAAUCACACUUACCAAUGAAGACUGGCCAUUUUAAAGAAGGGCAAGCAGAACCACAAACAGUAAACACCAUCUUUUCUAGUUGAUAUGACUCCUCCACUACCUGCUAUAUAUUUUAUUUUAUAUUUGAUCUUUUUCUUUUCUUUUUUUUUAUUAUGUGCUUCAGACAGAAUGUACUGUUCUUCAUAACCCUUCAGGCUUUGUUUUGUGGUUUCCUGACUAGGCUGUUGGGGCAAAUAUAUUUUCCCACAUUGGCUCCGAUGUGCCAAGAAAUUAGCAUUGCGUGCUUCAGCGUGAAUGAAGUCUAUGUAUGAGUCAGUGCCGAUUUUAGUGUAUACUUAAAUGCAUCAUUCAUGUGGCAUAAUUUCUGCAUUUCUAUUAGUGUCCUGUUUGUUUGUAUAUGCAGAUCAUAUUUUUAAAGGGUUAGUGUAGACCAGGAGACUUUUACCUUCAAGGCAGCUUUUUUACUAUUAAUUUGUGAGAAUGUGUUUAGUGUUUAAUGUACUGUGUUGAGCAAGUACUUUUAUGCAUCUUUUUAUUCUCCGUUUGUCCUGGUGGCUUUCCUGUUGUAAGAUGGAUGGCUGCUGUUCAGUUUCUCUCUUCAGAGCCUUGGGUAAGAGCAUAUGUUUAUCUCACAUUUUCUUUUGAAGAAGAAAAGCUUUGUGGAACUCAUUGGUAGCCUCCAUGUCUGCCUCUCAUUAGACCCCUAUUGACAUCCACAAAUUAUUUUAAAGUUACAAAUGCUGCUCAUAUGUGGUCACUAUGAAUUCUUGUUGAUACAUAUGUCUAUGUAGUUCCUGUAUUGAACUCCUGUUUGGAGUUAAUGUGCCCCAAGUACAACUUGUCUUUUUGAUAAACAAUGUUUAGAGGGAUUAUGAGUUAUCUGAGUGUGACGAGUCUAUCCUCUCUUCAUAUCCUUUGAAAUAAAUGAUAGCAUCCCUAUUGCUAAAAGGUAUAUUUAAUUUUAUUUAUCUAUGCUCAACAUAUUAUUCAGCCUGUAAAUGAUGUCCUUCAUAUAAAUGAGCUAGUUUAUUUUACCUCCGCUCCAUGCGAUUUACAAUAUGCAUCUGAUCAGUGGCCUGAACCUUCUAUUUCUCCUGCUUUUUAAUUAAUUGGAAGUUCAGGACCAUUUAUUAGUUCCUGACAAGUUGAUUCUUGACUCUGUUCCACCUUUUUAUUAAAUGUAUAGCUCAUCAACCUAAAGUUGAUUCUUUUAUUUGGUGAAAAAUAACUAUUCUAUGCCCAGAAAAAAAAGUGGAAGUGACUCUGAUAACAUAGACUAGGUCAUUGAUUUUCAAACAGAAUUUGUCUUGGUCAACUUGAAGAUGGAUGUCCUUGAAAUCAUAUGGGCAAGUCCCUUGCAGAACACAACUACAAACAGCUUUUUUUUAGCUGAACCUACAUUAAAAUAAAUACAAUUUAAUUCUAAAUAUGUGUUUGCUACUCAAUACUUCAGCUUGGAAGACCUUUCUACAAUCACUGCAGACAUCAGUUUAAAGGAAAUAUUUUUGACUUGGAAUUUAGGCACUGUUCAAAAAGCAUACUAGCCUUGAAUGACAUGAUUUUUCAAACACUCAAAAUUAUAUCAACAGAAAAUUAAAUUCAAUAUUCUUUGCUCCUUUUGGUAGCAUGUUUAUUAUAUAAUGGCAGAUGAGAAUAAUUUCCUGGAUAAAGAAAAUCUUGAAACAGGAAGGUGUAGACUUUUCUCUAAUGAUGUUAGUGCAAUAGUAAAGGUGUCCAGAUAUCUCCAGCAGGGGCUUUCCUGUGGUGGAUGGAUUUUGUCUGCAUUUUAGAUUAUUGCGUUCAAUAUUAUAAUUUAUUAAAAUAAUGUUCAGCCAAUAGUUUUUUUUAUUAGAUCCUAGUCUGUUUUUAUGAAUGAAUUGAAAGAUAAUGUUCUACUGCUGUUUGUUUUUUGUUGUUUUUUUCUUUCUUUCUGGUUCCCAAGAAAUAUUAUCAGUAGCCUGUGUUUAUCCAUUGGACAGACACACAGACAACUAUUCUAUUAAGGCUUUUUUUUAUUCUGAUUAACCAUAGCUUAAGAGGUUACAAAAUAUGUCCUUCCUCAUUUAUCCGGACAAAAGCUAAAAAAUGGGAAUAUUCUUUAAACCAUGGAUGUAGUUUGACAAAUUACCUGGAGAUAUUGCAAAGGAAGUCUGCAAACAGACUGAUUUGCCUCUUAUUUGUUCAUUUUAACUUGUUCACUAAUAAAGAUGCCUAUUCUGCAGUGACUAAAAGCACAUUCUACAAGGGGGGGGGGGGCAACAGCUCUUAGGUAACUCAAGCAGUUAUCUCCUCUUUUGUGGACCUAUAAAAGGCAGCACAGUAGAAUUCUUCUAGUUUUGUUUUUGAAUUACUGUACAUUUAGAUGUCCAUGCCUUUGACCAAGUUUGUCAGAUACGUUCUCCAUUCUGCAUUUGCUUCUAAAUUAAAGCAUUCUUGUUUUCAACAUAAUAGUAUGAGUUUGAAGUUGAUCAUUUUUUUAAUCUUAAUUAGUAUGCUUUUAUUUUAGUGAGCCAUGAUAGACUUAAAAUUAAAUCAUGCUUUCCUUAAUACUUUUCCAAAUCUUGGCUCCGUUCCAUACGAAACACUUGCCAAGGUUCCUUCCCUUUCGAUAACUGCUUUUUAACAAAGAUGAUAUAUAGAAGAAUUGGUAGGCUUCUUAUACCCAACUGAAAAGUUUGGAUUACUGGCUUUAGGUUUCUGUCCAGACCUUUUUUGAAAGAGGCCAAUCUUCACUAAUGAGUGUUACUAUUGGAACUGAGGUUAUAUAUGAAAAUGGUGAGUAUUUUUAAUUUACAUUUAUUUUGUCCAUUACAAGUCUGUGUUUUUACCAGUAUGCUAACACAAAUCAUAGAUUCUUAUGAGAUCUCCAAUGAUGAAUUCACAGGAGCAAUUUUAAAACCUUUUAUGCAUUUUAUGCUCUUUUAAAUGCAUAACCAAAAGUUUAGAUUUCCAUGCUCCUUUUAGUAUAACUCCGUUGCUGCAUAGAAGAUUUUCACUUACAACAAAGAGUUUAAAGUAUUGUUAAAACUUAUGUUACAUUUUAAAGUAUGUAUAAAUGCUUUUUAUUUUAAAUAAAUAAAAGAUAACCCUUUAUUUAA